UUUCUCGAUAGAUGGAAAUGUGUGCAUUGCUUCUGGAGUCCCCAGCCUCAUGAAUCCAAUUCCUAAGCCUGCUACCACAACUUCUUUCAAUGCCUCUGUGGCUGAGAUUCCAAGGAAGCGCAAAGGAAGUGAUUCUGAUAACCAGGAUACAGCUGAAGUUGAUGGUGAUCCUCAGAAAAGGACUGAAGAUGAAGAACAUGUUAAAAUAAAAGAUUUCAGAGAGGCUCACAGUCAAACAGAGAAACGAAGAAGAGACAAAAUGAAUAAUUUGAUAGAGGAAUUGUCUGCUAUGAUACCUCAGUGCAAUCCCAUGGCACGAAAACUAGACAAGCUCACAGUGUUACGGAUGGCUGUGCAACACUUAAAAUCCUUAAAAGGUUCCACUAGCUCUUACACAGAAGUGCGGUAUAAGCCUUCAUUUUUAAAGGAUGAUGAGCUUCGACAGUUAAUUCUUAGGGCUGCAGAUGGAUUCCUAUUUGUGGUUGGAUGCAACAGAGGAAAAAUUCUGUUUGUCUCAGAAUCAGUUUGCAAAAUACUUAAUUAUGAUCAGGCCAGUUUAAUUGGACAAAGUUUGUUUGAUUACUUGCAUCCGAAAGAUGUUGCAAAAGUUAAGGAACAACUUUCUUCUUCAGAUGUCUCUCCUAGGGAUAAGCUCAUAGAUGGGAAAACUGGCUUGCAAGUACACACAGAUUUUCAAGCUGGACCAGCUCGACUGAAUUCUGGUGCUCGACGUUCCUUCUUCUGUCGGAUAAAAUGUAGUAGGACCACAGUGAAAGAAGAAAAGGAGUGCUUGCCCAACCCAAAGAAGAAAGAUCACAGAAAAUACUGUACCAUUCACUGUACUGGGUAUUUGAAGAACUGGCCUCCUAAUGAGGUGGGAGUAGAAGAGGAAAAUGAUGUAGAAAAGGACAGUAGUAACUUUAACUGUCUUGUUGCAAUUGGGAGGUUACACCCUUAUAUUGUUCCACAAAAGAGUGGAGAGAUAAAAGUCAAAGCAACAGAAUUUGUUACACGAUUUGCCAUGGAUGGAAAAUUUGUUUAUGUAGAUCAGCGUGCAACAGCAAUUUUAGGGUAUCUGCCUCAAGAGCUUCUAGGAACGUCUUGUUACGAGUACUGCCAUCAAGAUGAUCACAAUCAUCUAGCAGAAAAACAUAAAGAAGUGUUGCAGAAUAAAGAAAAGGUAUUUACAAAUUCCUACAAGUUUAGAGCAAAAGAUGGGACUUUUGUUACUUUAAAGAGUCAGUGGUUUAGCUUCAUGAAUCCGUGGACCAAAGAACUGGAGUACAUUGUAUCAAACAACACUGUGGUAUUAGGUCAUAACGAGUCAGCUGAAGAACAGGUCCCCCAUGGUUCCCAGCCUGCAGAAGAUGCUGUAAAACAGUCUUUAGUAAGUGUACCUGGAAUGUCCUCUGGAACAGUUCUUGGUGCUGGAAGUAUAGGAACCGAAAUUGCAAAUGAAAUACUAGAAUUGCAAAGGUUGCAUUCUUCACCAUCUGGGGAGUUAAGUCCAUCGCAUCUGUUGAGGAAGUCACCUUCUCCAGCUUUACCUGUAAACUGCAGCAAUGUGCCAAAUAAAGAGUUGAAUCAGUUUUGUCCUUCGGAAGGAGAAGUUGUAGAGACUUCAGAACAAAACCAGGGUGCUAUUCCAUUUCCCAGUAAUGAACCUCUCCUUGGUGGUAAUUCUCAGCUGGACUUCGAUGCAAUAUGUGAAAAUGAUGACACAGCUAUGACGGCUCUUAUGAAUUACUUGGAGGCUGAUGGUGGACUUGGGGAUCCAGCUGAACUCAGUGAUAUACAAUGGGCUCUCUAGUUUGGCUUUUUCAAAAUAAGAAGGAAUGUAAAAUCCGUAAUGGACAACAACCAUACAUCCUCAGUACUGUAUUAUAAUUUUAUGACGUUUCAUUUGAAUUCACACUUACUGUCUAUAUAUUUUUCAAGACUGAAGCCUUGUUCAGAGAGAGACAGUUUCUGCUGCACCUAUGGAAAAAUGCAAUAUUUUUUUCAUUAUGGGAAAACCUUGAAAUUUUAAUACUAAACCAUCUCUAACUGGAAAGCUUAAAACACACAACUGUAUUUUUGCUAAGAAGCUUUAACCAAAAGGUACUGUACAAUGUACAGGAAUAUUUUUUUGUUAGUUUUAAUACUUAAACUUUUAUUUAUUGUUUUUGUUUCAAAUGGUAGAAUAUUGAUUAACUGUGUUACUUUCUGUAGAACCUACUGUACUUACACAGUUUAAGAAUAUUUGUAACUCUUAAGUUGCAUUGAAAUUAUUUGCGCACACUACAGUUGUAAAAUAAGGUAUUGUAAUUCUCAAACGAUGCAGUAUGUGAUUCCUUGCCCUUUUCAGAAAUGCAAUUUUUGAUGUCAUAAGUGAAAAUCUUAGAGUUGUGAGAGCAAGGGUUUGAAUUAGAUCGCUGUAACAGUCCGAAGAGGAUGUUUUGAGAAAAACAGUCACUUCCUCAGUACGCAAACGUGAUGAGGGUAUAAGAAAAGAGCAACAAAAUCUUAAUUACUAUUUUGUAUUAUUUGUCAUUUAUUGUUAGAGGAGCAGUGCAUAGAACCUAAGAAAAGUAAUGCUGUAACUCUAAUAAAGCUCUUUGGUCUCAUUACAGGUUGCUUACUAACUAGAGAAGUUUGGACGAAUUGUCUUGGUUCCAAAGUGAGGCUAGCAAUGUCUAAUAGUGAAAAAAUGUUAAAAUUCUAUAGUAUCUUUCAGUCUUUAUGGUUUUGGAGAGAUUAGGGUGAUUUUCUUUCGCUUGAGUCUGUGAUUUUUUUUUUUUUUUUUAAAUAUUUGUGUAAUAGAGUGCCAUCUGUAAGUAAAUGCUAUAUAGGAUGAUCCUGUUUUGGGGCACAGCUUUUGCAAGAAUUGUAUCCCAGUUACAGCAAAUGACUCAAGAACAUGGCACUUAAUAGGUUGUAUUAGAACAGUAUAGCAUUAAUAUAUAAAACAGAUCUUUUUAUCUCUGGUAUUAAAGGUUUAGACAAUUUUUUGCAACAAUUAUAUAUCAUAAAAGCAUAGUUUUUCUGUUGGGUUUUUUUGAAUUCGGAUAGUGAAAGGAAAGCAUUUGAAGAUACUUGAUAACAUGUGCAUAUUUUUAAUACAGACAU